AUUGCCCAAGUAGUUAUUUCCAUUUUGCAUUGUUUAAAAAAAAUAAUGCAGUUGUCUGUUAUACAAGCGAGUUUUCUUCUAAACUUUGCUUCCAUUACAUUUGGAUUUUAUUUGCCUGGGUUGGCUCCUGUAAGCUACUGUGAGAAAGAUAAAGAAAAUUGCAAGUCCAAGAUCCCGGUGUAUGUCAAUCGUUUGGUCUCAGCAGAGUCGAUAAUCCCGUACGAAUACUCAGCAUUUGAUUUCUGUGAACCAGCUGACUCUUCCUCUUCUCCAUCAGAAAACCUGGGACAAGUUUUGUUUGGGGAAAGAAUCAGACCUUCUCCUUAUUCAUUCACCUUCAAUAAAUCUGAGAAAUGUAAAAAGGCUUGCACAAAGUCUUAUGAUACUUCAAAGAAGGAAGAAAAUGAGAAAUUAAAGUUCCUGCAAUAUGGCAUGCUGUUUAGUUAUGAGAACAAAUGGAUUGUUGACAACAUGCCUAUCGCAUGGUGCUACAUGACCAGCACCAAUGAUAAUUUCUGCAGCACCGGAUUCCCUAUUGGUUGUUAUGUUGAUGAAGAAGGCAAUCCCAAAGAUGCAUGUGUCAUUGAAGAAGGAUACAAGGUCCACAAGAACUCGUACAUUGUGUUCAACCAUGUAGCGAUCACGAUUUACUAUAACAAAGGUGCUGUAGAAGGAGAAGGUGCUCGACUUGUUAAAGCCGUUCUUGAACCAAUGAGCAUUGCAACUGAUGAUUGUAACUUAGAAGCGAACCCACUAGUAAUCCCCCAUCCACCCAAAGAUGGGAAACUUACUGGAAAAUACGACAUCCCUUACACAUACAGCAUCCAAUUCGAGGCUGAUGAACAAACUCUUUGGGCAUCGCGAUGGGACUACAUCCUUGAUUCCAUGGCUCAUACCAAUAUCCAAUGGUUCUCUAUCAUGAACUCACUCGUCAUUGUCCUCUUCCUCUCAGGCAUGGUUGCCAUGGUCACCAUUAGGAGCUUGCAUAAAGAUAUUGCUCGUUAUAAUGACAUGGAGUCGGUGGAAGACGCACAAGAGGAGUUUGGAUGGAAGUUGGUUCAUGGAGAUGUGUUUAGACCUCCUUCCAAAGCAAUGUUGUUGUCUGUGUUUAAUGGUGUUGGAACUCAGGUAAUUUCGAUGGCCUUUAUAACUCUUGUCUUUGCUUGCCUUGGAUUUUUGUCCCCAGCGAACCGUGGGGCUCUCGGAACAACUACAGUUAUUGUGUUUGUGUGUCUUGGUACUGUGGCUGGCUAUGUGUCAGCAAGACUUUACAAAACACUUGGUGGGGAAAAGUGGAAGACUAAUGUGAUGAUGACUUCUUUCCUAAUUUCUGGGAUUAUUUUCGUUGUUUUUUUCCUGAUGAACCUAAUCCUGUGGGGAGAAGGAAGCUCUGCUGCGAUCCCAUUUUCCACCCUUGUCGCCAUUCUUGCUCUCUGGUUUGGAAUCUCGGUCCCUCUUACUUUCAUUGGAGCAUACUUUGGAUAUAAACGUCGUCCAUUGGAACAUCCAGUCCGUACAAACCAAAUCCCUCGACAAAUUCCUGAUCAAGUUAUUUACACCAAACCACUGACAUGCAUUGUUAUGGGUGGAGUGUUGCCAUUCGGAUGCAUCUUCAUUCAGCUCUUCUUUAUUCUUAACUCAAUCUGGUCCCACCAGCUUUACUACAUGUUUGGAUUCUUGUUCCUAGUCGUUACUAUCCUGGUUAUCACAUGCAGUGAGACAACAAUCCUUCUGUGCUAUUUCCAUUUAGCAGCUGAAGAUUAUCGCUGGUGGUGGCGAUCGUUUCUUACAGCCGGUUUCACAGCUGUCUACUUUUUCAUUUACGCCAUACAUUACUACUUUAGCAAGCUUGCCAUUGAAGGAUUUGCGUCAGCCAUUAUCCACUUUGGCUACACACUCAUCAUGACAAUUAUGAUUUUCCUCUUCACAGGAACCAUUGGAUUCACGGCAUGUUACUACUUUGUCACUAAAAUCUACAGCGUUGUGAAAGUAGAUUGAUAAUGUGUCAAAACUACGUCUACUAUGCGCUUAAUAUCCAUAUAUAGGUAACGUAAAGGGCAACAAGAUUUUACCCUGUAUUGACUUUUAGAGCUACGAAUUUUACUCGAAAAGAAAAAAACAUUGUAUAUCUAUAUUAUUUAAAUGGUGUGUAAUUUUCAACCUCCUGGACGUCAAUUUUACAUUUAAAGUGAGCGCAGUAACGGUGUGUCAUAUUACACUUUCAAACACACAUGUUUUUUCCUUUAAUUAAUAUAUUGUGUGUAUAGUUUGUAAAUACUUGGCGCUAUUACAACGUUUGGUUAAGUUACCACGGCCUAUAGUUAGUCGUGCUACAUAUUUACCGUGCUGCAUAUUUACCACACAUAGUUUCUUAUAUAAUCCCGAACUGAUACAUAUCGACUUGAGCCGCUAGGGCAAAUAAAACAAAACUGUUCAGAGA